AUGGGGGACAAAACGGGAUUGGCGCUGGGCCGCCGGGGGUUGCUCGAGGCGGCCGUGGGCGCCGGGCUGGCCAGCCAGGCGCGUGGCCUGGCGUGGGCGCCGCCGGCGAUCGCCCGGCAGGAGAAGACGUCCCUGCGCGAUGGGGGCCCCGGCGUGGCGAGGCAGCCCAGGUUCGGCCCCGUGGUGGCGGGGCGCAGCAAGAGCCCGAGGUUCAGGACGGUGCUGGCGCUGGACGGGGGCGGGACGCGCGGCAUGGUGUCCACUAUGGUGCUGAAGCGGCUGGAGGAGAAGAUCAAGGACAACCUGCGGCGGCGAGGCAAGGCCAGCGGGGACUUCGAGGUGGACCUGGCAGACUACUUCGACCUGAUCGCGGGCACGUCGAUCGGGUCCAUCAUCGCCACCUACCUCACCACGCGGGGCGGGCGCUCGGCGGGGAUGCUGGAGGAGCAGGAGUUUGUGGACUGGGCCGGGGAGGUGGGCCAGCCACUGCGGCCGGGCACCCCCGGCGCCCUUGAGGCCAUCUUCAAGUUCAAGAGCGACGAAAUCUUCCCGCACUCCUGGAGCUACGGCCUGCCGGGUCCCCUGGACGGCGUCGAGGCCAUCUUCCACGCCAAGUUCGACCCCAAGGGGCUCAACCAGGUGCUGGAGGCGGCCCUGGGCGACGCGAUGCUCCAGGACUGCCAGACGUCGCUGGUGGUGCCCACCUUCGAGCUGAAGACCAGCCGGCCGGUGGACUUCUGGGCGAGUUACAAGGACGGCGGCGUCAAGGAGACAGGCUACACGUCGAUUAGGGUCAGGGAUAAGGGGGGCGCAACGGAGUGGGAGGCGGACCGAGAGUUCAUGAACGGCUAUGACUUCAAACUGCGGGAGCUGGCGGCCGCCAGCGCUGCAUUCCCAAUGAUGUUCCCUGCUUCGGAGAUUCAGUACCCCGAUGGGCGUAAGUUGAAGUAUGCCGACGGCGGCUUGAUAGCGAGCAACCCCACCGCGAGCGCCCUGUCCUACUUGCGGCAGCAGCGAAAUGUGGAGAUAAACGACAUCGCCGUGCUCUCCCUUGGAUGCGGAGUGGUGCUGCCGGACAGGCUGAAGGUCAGCGACGCUGGAUUCUACGGGUGGAACAAGAAGGGCGGCCUCAUACCCUUGCUGCUGGAUCAGAAGAGCGAGUACGUUCAGUCCAUAGUCGAUGGAAUAUACUACAAGGUGCUGGAAAGGCCGUACGGUCAGUACACACGCAUUCAGAUCGCCCUCGAUAAGGACGACCCGUACCUGGGAGAUAAGAUCGACGCCUUGGAGACGGCGGACGACUAUGAGGAGAUGGAAAACCUUCGCAAAAUUGGCAUUAGAGUGGCGGAAACAAACGAUGAGGUGAUAGGCCAAUUUGUGGACAAAUUUUUGAUGGUUUGA